AUGAAGGACAUGCCACUCAAAAUUCAUUUUCUACUUGGCCUAGCUAUCACUGCAUUUGUACAAGCUGUAGAUAAAAAGGUAGACUGCCCUCAGUCAUGUACCUGUGAGAUCAGACCUUGGUUUACCCCAAGAUCCAUAUACAUGGAAGCUCCAACAGUGGACUGUAAUGAUUUAGGCCUUGUUAAUUUCCCAACGAGACUGCCUGCUGACACACAGGUUCUACUUCUACAGACAAACAACAUUGCAAAAAUUGAACACUCAGUAGACUUCCCAGUGAACCUUACUGGUCUUGAUUUAUCUCAAAACAAUUUAUCCUCAGUGAUCAGUAUUAACCUUAGAAAGAUGCCACAGCUUCUUUCGGUGUACCUUGAGGAAAACAAACUUACUGAGCUGCCUGAAGAAUGUCUGUCUGGACUGAACAAUUUACAAGAACUCUACAUUAAUCACAACUUGCUUUCCACAAUUGCAUCAGGAGCUUUUAUAGGCCUUAAUAAUCUUCUCAGACUUCAUCUCAAUUCAAAUAGCCUACAGAUGAUCAACAGUAAGUGGUUUGAAGCUAUUCCUAACCUUGAGAUUCUCAUGAUUGGAGAAAAUCCGAUCAUCAAAAUUGAAGAAAUGAACUUUAAGCCUCUUAUCAAUCUGCGCAGCCUGGUUUUAGCAGGCAUAAAUCUCACUCAAAUACCUGAUAAUGCUUUGGUUGGCCUUGACAAUUUAGAAAGCAUCUCAUUUUAUGACAAUAGAUUUGUUAAAGUGCCCCAUGUUGCUCUUCAAAAGGUUACAAAUCUCAAAUUUUUGGAUCUAAAUAAGAAUCCUAUUAACAGAAUACGAAGAGGAGAUUUUAGCAAUAUGCUGCACCUAAAAGAAUUGGGAAUUAAUAACAUGCCUGAACUAAUUUCUAUAGAUAGUCUUGCUGUUGACAACUUGCCAGAUUUAAGAAAAAUAGAAGCUACCAAUAACCCCAGAUUAUCAUACAUCCAUCCAAAUGCUUUCCAUAAACUUCCCAAGCUAGAAUCACUCAUGCUCAAUAGUAAUGCACUUAGUGCCCUGUACCGUAAUACAAUAGACUCUUUACCUAACCUCAAGGAAGUCAGUAUACACAGCAAUCCAAUCAGAUGUGACUGUGUCAUCCGCUGGAUUAACAUGAAUAAAACCAACAUUCGAUUCAUGGAGCCAGAUUCAUUAUUUUGUGUGGAUCCUCCAGAAUUUCAAGGCCAGAACGUGAGGCAGGUACACUUUAGGGAAAUGAUGGAAAUCUGCCUCCCACUGAUAGCGCCUGAAAGUUUUCCCUCAACUCUGGAUUUAGAAACUGGCAGCUAUGUUUCCUUACACUGCAGAGCAACAGCAGAACCAGAACCUGAAAUAUACUGGAUAACACCAUCAGGUCACAAACUUUUGCCUAAUACGGUUAUUGAUAAAUACUUUGUCCAUUCUGAAGGAACAUUAGACAUAAGUGAUGUUACACAAAAAGAAAGUGGACUAUAUACAUGCAUAGCAACUAACCUAGUUGGAGCAGAUUUAAAAUCAGUUAUGAUUAAAGUGGAUGGUUCCUUCCCCCAAGACAGCAAUGGAUCUUUGAAUAUUAAAAUAAAAGAAGUGCAAUCUAAUUCGAUUCUGGUGUCUUGGAAAGCAAGAUCUAAAAUUCUGAAAUCCAGCAUUAGAUGGACUGCAUUUCAGAAGACCGAAAACUCUCAGGCUGCACAGAGUGUUCGAAUUCCAUCUGAUAUAAAGGUAUAUAAUCUUACUCAUCUAAAUCCGUCAACUGAAUAUGAAAUUUGUAUAGACAUUCCCACCAUCUACCAGCAGAAUAAAAAACAAUGUGUCAAUGUCACCACAAAAGGAUUGGACCUUGCAGUGAAAGAUUAUGAAAAGACCAACAUAAUAGAAUUCCUUGCCUGCCUUGGAGUUCUCUUGGGAGUCAUCUGUGUGAUAUAUCUCUACAGUUGCAUCUCACAAGAAAUUAACUGCGAUGCAGGACACAGCUAUUUAAGGAAUUACCUGAAGAAACAAUCCUUUUCACUCAAUGAGCUUUAUCCUCCUCUUAUCAGUCUUUGGGACACCGGCAAAGAGAAAAGCACAUCACUGGAAGUAAAAGCAACUGUGAUAGGAGUACCAACGAAUAUGUCAUGA